AUAUAGAGCAUGCAUAUAAUUGAUAUAAAAUGAUUCGAACAUAAUAAUGUAUAAAAAAAAGUUUGGGUUACGUUGAGUCGAUGCCUUGAUUCGAGUUGUUCUUUUUUGAGGGGUGAGUUCGACAAUGUGUUUGAGAGGGGAAAAUUUGAGGGGAUUGGCCUCGGAUGGAAGAUUAUGACCAGCCGACCAUUGCGGAUGUGAUUGGAGAAAGAUAUCAUCUGAGGUUCAAAUCUUGAUCUGCAAAUGACCAGAUCUCCCUUUUCUUCAUGGUGCAUAUGUAAGAAGGGACAAGAUCAUAACUGUUCCAGGUGCGUUUCUGAUUUCUCACUCUGCACCCUGGUAUGAAAGGCGCCAGAGGAAACCAUGCCGUCCGGUUUGUAUGCCAAUUGACAAGGUCAAAUAUAGAUAGGCCAAAAAAACCAGCUUGCUAGGACAACAAAGGGCUAUCGAGAAAGUCUCCUAAAUAUUAGAAACUGCUCAACCUAUAUUAACGAUUCCCUUCCAUUGCUCCCAUUCCUUAGCCUCAAUUGUAUUAUUGAAUCUAAAAGCAUAUUGGAGAAAGUACAAUCCGACCACCUCCAGAGACUCGCCCAAUCAUCCCAAAAAUUCCUGACGUAUAAUGGGAGGCUGUGCGAGCAGACCUAAGGAGUCUGACAUCCCUGUCGAGGCUCCGGCCAACUCUGAGGAGCCUCAGCUUGAGACCGCUGCUCAGAACAACACUAACGGAGGUGAGAGUCAGAUUGAAAAACCUUUGGUAGAUCUUUCUGAACCUGAAAAGGAGGGGGCUCAAGACUCGUCCUUUGAACCAAAGGCUGCUACUGCUGAACCAGUUUCGGCAGAGACAGUCGCUGAGACCGUCAAACCAACAGAGGACAUCGUUAAGGAGAUUACUGACAAUACCACAGUACAGCCGGCAAAAGGAGGGUGAAGCUGAUCUCAAAUCAAAUGCUGCCCCAAGCAAGGAAGAAGUAAGAAGUGAUACGCCUCUCGUUUCUCUGUGAUCACGGAGAAAAACUAUAGCCUCUAGGGCAGGGUUCAUCAUCUUUAAAAAUUGUUACUUUUGGAAGUUCGGAUUGUAUUUUGUAAUUUGUAUCACCCUGAUCAGAUUCGUUAUGAUCAGCUUUAUAUCUUCCAUUGUUGUUACAUGAUCUGUAACAAUUGAAAAUCAGAUCAUAUCCAUAUAUAAAAUGAUCAGUGUUGUGGUAAUUAACAAAUUGUUGUUACUAUAUCCCCACAAGAACAAGUUUGUUUGAAUGUUCUUAUAAAUCCAAUGGGAACAUUCACAAUACCACGAUGAUGUUUGAUGCAUGUAUAUUAUCGCCAGGAUUAGAAAUGAAGAAAGACAAAUCUAUCCAGGAGGCAGGGACCCAGGUGUCGUCCUAGGCC